AUGACCUCACCCUCACAACAACCACGCCCAAGACAAUAUGUAGCCGUCGACGCCGGCACACAAUACUCUCCCAUGGAGUCUCCCAACACUCACGCCCAGGCGAAUCCGGCUAUCGUCGACGCCCCGCGCACCUCUGUGCCCGCCACGCCCGCCGAACCCCCACCAGCGCCGCGUCCCCAACCGAUAGACCCUUCAGCGCCGCCCCCGCGACCGCAACCAACACAACCACAGGCUGCCGUGGCUCCCGUCGUACGACAGCCGUCGACGACUCUCGCGUCGCCCGGCAAGCGCCGUAAUUCCCAAGAUCCCGCCGUCGCGCAGGCAGCGAGCGCAUCCCUCGCCGGCGAAUCGUCAUCGAGCGCGGCCAAGCGCCCAAAACCGACGGCCGGUCCGCCCAAGAUACUGCCACAGCGCUACGAGCUAUGCAGCGUCGAGGACAUGGUCGUACUGAUAUCGUACAUGUUGUCGGAACUCAUCGAGACCAACGACGCCCUGGCCCUUCGCUCUGGGAGCCUGACUCGAUUCCACUCAAGAACGGCACCGAGCAUCUCUGUCCUGGAAUACUUGAACAGAUUAGCAAAACACGCGACGCUGACGCCGCCGCUUUUACUAUCCAUGGUCUAUUACAUCGACCGCUUAUGCUCACUAUACCCUGAAUUCACCAUCAACACGCUCACGGUACAUCGCUUCUUGAUUACUGCCGCCACUGUCGCGGCGAAAGGCUUGUCAGAUCUGUUUUGGAACAACACUACCUACGCGCGAGUAGGAGGCGUCAGAGUCGCCGAGCUGAAGCUGCUGGAGCUCGAAUUUCUCUAUAGAGUGGACUGGAAGAUCGUCCCGAACCCGGAAGUUCUGGUUGCGUACUACCACGGCUUGGUCGAGCGCUGCCCCGGCUACGCCUUGGAGGAAGAGGAGGCGACCGUGGAGGACGAAGAAUCCGACGAAGUCGACGACGAUGGGUCGACUGAAAUUUCAGACGGUGCCGGUGACGAUAGUGGGGACUCGCCCGAUGACGAGAUCCCCGUGAAGUCCCCGCCACACGAGGCCGGAGGCGCGGCGGCACCGCCGUCGUUGUAG